AUGGACGAAUCAGAGCCGGCCAAUGUGCCGGACAUGUCUCUUUUACCCGAUACCGUACCUGUUGUCGUCUCGGCCGAUGGCUCCUCCGCCGGCAUUCAACUAUGUCCCGCACUUAUUCUCGGAAGCCCUCAAGCACUUCCUGGAGCUACGAAGCACAUUUACAGUCGCCUCGCGGCCGCUGCUUCCGAAGUGGAUCAGGGAGUUCCUGACCUUAUUAUCUCCCUUAUUUCUCAUGGAAACUCACUGUCCACAAAGUACAUGUCUCACGUUGAAAACGGGCUUAAAUCGUUUCUAAUCGGCUGUGGAACGUGGCUCAUAUCUUCUGGAGAAGUCAGUGAUCCGUUGUCUCGAGUAGCCAGUGGAGCACUCAGGAAUGUGCUCCCGCAGCUAGAGCAUCAGGCAGAAGUACUGCACAUUCUCGUCAACUCAGAUGACGUCAUCGCUUCGGACUCUGCGAACUCCAAGAAUGUCGUCGAUACUUCUCUCAACACUUUGAUGCUCAUUUGUCGGAAAGAAGCCACCGAAUGCCAAGAGACGAUCGCCGCUUCCAUUGCAAAACUGAGAGCGGCCACAGCCGUGAAACUGGCACAUCCUCCUCCAGGUUAGUCGAUUUGUCUAUCAAACAAACAAAACAACUUUAGCCUUGCUAAUCGGAGUUCCGUCCGAGCCAAUGAGCCCUUCCGCUUACGGCAACUCGGCGGCUAUUCUCCUUUCGCCUUCAAACGACAAAAGACCAUUCCCAGUGGCUCUUUUUGCCGGAGCAUCUGCUGAAUCUCUGAUUGAGCUGCUUUUCUUCGUCGAGCACGGCAUUCCAGUCAUCAUUCUCCAGGACAGCUGUGAGCUUUGCGCUAUUCUCCACUCCAGUCAUUUGCUUCUAGAAACCUCCAAUUUGGACAAUGACAAAUUCGUCAGUUGGUGAGUGUUCUCUUGACUUCGGAAUGUACAACUUCUCCAGUUUCAGGCUCCGAUCUCAACUUUACCCUCUGGGUCUUACCGAGAGCUACACUCUGGUCACAAAAAUUUUGAUAUCGUCAAACUCUGGAGAUGUUCAACUCAUCGAAUUCAUCGAUUCUUCCCAACUCGCCGAGCUGUCCUCCGUCGUCGUCGACCGAUGUCUCGAGUGCUACGCGACCACGGGAGAAGAGAGACAAGUGCUUCUGCUGGCCGCCAAACUGAACUCUCCCUCCGUGCUCUCCUCGAUGGACGUGGCUGCUCAGCUGGACGAAGAACUGCUCACGAUGAUCCUCUGCGAAUGCAUCACAAAGGACGACCAACUGCACUUUCUGUCCUCCGUUCUCCAGCUGAAUCCGCCGAUCCGUGUCACUUCUAACAUGCUCAUCAGGAUGAUGCACCAUGCCGACGAGCAUUUUUUCACGACAGUUGUGCUCUGUCAGUCCAUGGGAUACUCGUACAUCCCCUCGGAAAUCGAUCCAAGAUUCGCAAAUGACAUUCAGAAGCUUGUAAAGAAACUGUCUUUCGGAGUGGACAAUCUGUUCGACCCGAAUGUUUUCUGCAAUGACGUUUCGAGCAGGGACAAGCACGAGUCGAUUCGGAUCCUCGCCAUCUGGAGUCUUCUCCUUCACCGACCUGGAAUUGUCAAGUGUCUCGCUGCUUUCGCUGAUGAGCCUGUCGCCUUUUCGUUGGUUUUGUCAAGAAUUUCCAGGUCACUUGCACAUGAGGUAAUACAAUUAUCUUGAAAUGGAUAAAGUUAAAAUUUCAGAGCCACGAUUGGCAUUUCUAUGAGAAAUCGUUGAAUGAACUGUCGGAGAGUCUCUCCAAGACCGCCACAAACCUCUUCGAUUCCGUGUUCUCUUCCUCCCCGGCCAAAGCGUAUCAAUUGCUCUGUCAACCAAUGGAUCACUUCUACGGCUUCAAUAUCACUCAGCUGGCAUACAAUGUCAGUUGGUCCCUUGUUCUUUUAAAACGGACUGUUUCAGUGUAAUUCGAAAGAAAUAAUUGCCCAUGAGUGCUGUCAGAGAUGGGUCCAUCGAAAGUUGUACGGAAACCUGCAGGCGAAGAACUUCUUCUUCCCCAAGUGGGCCAAAUUCUGUAUCUCCGCAGUUCUGGUCAUUCCCAUCAAAUUCUGGAUUCUGGUCCGUCCGCGGAACAGUCCCAAACAGUCGGAUCACUCGGUAUCACCGACCGUCGCACUUCUUGAUGUCGGCAAGUUUCCGCAGAAGCAACGAGCCAUCUCCACUUAUAGGUUCGUUCGCCAGUUCCAUCUAAAUGUGUGAAAACGAACUUCUAUUCAGUGUGAUAUCGUCUCGAAGUGAAGCUUUGACUACUCUGACUGCUCCGCUCUCCACUGCCUUUGGCUUGAACUCUGCUCUCGGGGGAGCUGAGUCGGCCACUCCGCAGUCGAUGGUUUUCCCUUUGAACAUUGAAGACAUCGACAAGGAUCCACGGCCAUUUGGCAAACGGGUAGGCAUUUAAUAUCUGAAAAGAGUCAGAAGUUCCGUCUGUUUGCAGAAUCGUAUUCGCCGGGCGCACGCUCCCUCGCUGUCCCUUUUCUACUCGACUCCUAUCGUCAAGUACUGGCUCUCUCUGCUCUUCCGAAUAAUCUACAUCUGCUGUCUGUACUAUUCUGUUAGCUUUCCUCUCUUUUUCGCUUAUUCCCUCUUCUUUACAGGUCAUUCUUCCUGGUUGUGGAUCAAAUCUUUGGGACACUGGCAUGUGGGUCUGGUCCUUCUUUUUAUGGACCGAAAACUGUUACGUCCUGACCGCGAGAGCCAGGAAAACGCCGUUAUCUUUGAUGCCUUGGAGAGUGUUCGACAUCGGCAUCUUUAUGCUUUUCCUGAUUCUCAUGCUCGUGAUGAAAGUGUUUCCCGUGAUUCCAUUACUGGAUCCUCUGGUUUGUCGGUUAUCCAUCCCCCUCCCCUAAAAUCUUCCCAUUUCACAGGGAAUCGAAUCAAUCUACGCAGCCAAAGUGGUGUCCGCCUUCUUCGUUCUGUACGUCAGUUACUCGACCCUUCUCACCUACAUUCCGCUCUCCGACGUGUUCGGUCCGAUGAUUGUCCGUGUGCGGCUGAUGUUGACUCGAGACUUCAUCAACUUCCUCUUCAUGAUUGCAUUGGUCAUGUUGAGCAGUGCAGUUGCCAUUCAAGCUGUCGUCUUCCCGGACAGACCGGUCACAGCCGAUGUGCUCAAAAAGGAAAUGUCGUGGUUAUGGCUGAGUCUCUUCACAACUGAUCUCUCCCGUAAGACAUGCUCUGAAAUCACUAUCAUUUGUUCAUUUGUCUAGAUCUCAACGAGCCCGAGUCCUGUCGGAAGUCGUUCUUGGGUGCUCCGAUAAGAUACUGCUCUUCCGUCAGCCAGUACGCCAACCCGUCGUGUCCAUCUCAAUCCAUUCCUUCUUGGCUCAUUGUCAUUGAGUAUUUUGUCAUUCUCAAACUGCUCCUUUGGCCGAUUCUCUUUGCGUUCUUCUCAAAAACCGCAAAGACUGUGGACGACGAAGCUGACAAGAUAUGGAGAUUUCAGUUGUAUUCUUUGGCUGAGGACUUCAGGUACCCAUUCCCGAGCAGAAGUUCCUGCAGUUCACAUUUUACUUUUCCAGACUCCGCCCACCACUCCCGCCUCCUCUGACUAUCCUUUGUAUCAUUUGUUCGGCCUGUUGUCGCUUCUCCAACUCUUUCACUGGCCUUUUCUCUGAUUUCGAUCAUCCUGAUUGUGAAUCGCGAGAAAAGAACAGAACCACGUGGCGAUUCGGAAGUAUCUAUCGUAAUCCUUCGGUGCCAUUCAAAAAGAACGACUUUGUGAGCGCAUUCUGGCGAAAACUAUCGAUGGAACAGUGGAGGAAUACUAAUCAGAAACCAAAGACGACUUCGACCAAAAACGAGAUUCAGGAGCUGCAUAACAUACAUGUAAGUUGACACAAAAGUGUUCAAUCAAAAAAAUGAUUCAGAAUCACAUCCGCAUGAUGACUUUGAGAGGUUCAUAUGAGAAAUCUGGCUUGACGAAAGCGUCGGAACUUCAGUUUUUCGAAAAGUAUCCCGAAAGCCAGGUUAUGAAGAUCAGCGUCAACUUGAUCGCGAAGCCGUGGUCAGUGCUCGUGCCCCGAUACAACCCUCCUUUCUACUGUAAGCCCACUGACGACUUCCCAUCAGAAGUGCAGAAGUACGUGGAUGUCGCCACUGAACAGGUCAGUUUCCUCCCCUUCUGUAUCUAUUCCAUUUCAUUCCUCAGAAUGUCGGCGAACUGAAACGAAUUUGGCGCGGUCGGCAAGCAAACGACGUGACGAGCAACAGUGGAAAGUGCUGGAAGCUGUCGGCGGCCGGCUUUCCACUAAACCCAAACGGGAGGACCGGAAUGGCGGGAAGGGGAAACCACCCACGGUUCGGAGCCAACCGCCGGUGCUUUUACGUUGUGCUGAGCGGCGGAGUGCAAUCCACAUGUCAGGUGCUAAUCGAUAGUCAGAAGCACAUUCCGAACGAAUGGCAUCUGGAGAACUCAUCUAAAGACGAACACCUCACCUCUAUUCUCAAGAUGAUUGGCAUUUCGGAUUCUGAUGCACAUGUAAGUGACACUUUUGUUAUAAAGACAGUUUCACGAACGAGUUCCAGAUGUUCUCAAUGCGCCGUUUGGACAGCUCAAUUGUAACUGCGGAUAAGAGGAUUCCUUCGAAUGACACAAGUCCGGCACAUUUGGCGUCUGAAGUGGCCGAGAACGAAAACGACACGGACAAUGCAUGGACGGAGCACGACGUCUGGGCCAUUUCUCUUCGGGAGCGACGCAUUCUCUCCUCGAUUAUCGGCUACUCUUGGCUUCCAACCAAUGCCGUGCGAGGGGCAGUGCUUCCGUGGCAAGCUGACCUCGUUUUUCGGGCAAAGACUAUUUACGGGUUGUGA